GAAAAGGAAAGAAGUGCGUCGUGUCAAUAUCAAUGCUGACCAGAUUCGUUGCUUAGGUUGGUAAAUCGAGAGUUCGCCCUGCUACAUAGCCGAUGUUAUGUUAUGUUAUGAUAUCAUCGUGAGGACAGUAAGAGGGUUGGGCCUCUUAGCUUGAGUCCGUAUCUGUUUAGUUUCCACCACUCGUUUCCUUUGUGGAUAGGAAUAUCAAAAACCACUCCCAUGUUUUCUUCGAUAAGUUCCAGCAAUGGCCGAAGCGAUUGUUGAAUUCGACUACAAAUCAGACCAACCGGACGAAUUGACUAUUAAAAAGGGAGACAUUAUUACUGACAUCAGCUUCGUAUCCGAAGGAUGGUGGGAAGGCACUCUGACCAGACUUAACAAAAGAGGCAUGUUUCCCGAUAAUUUUGUCAAGUUAGUCAGUGAUCCCGACGGGAAAGCUUCAUCUCACCAGUCUUCGACAGGCCGGAAAUGCCAAGUGCUAUUUAAUUACAAGCCAGCGAAUGAGGAUGAAUUAGAACUCCAGAUUGGAGACAUGAUAGAUAUCCUUUCUGAAGUUGAAGAAGGAUGGUGGAGAGGAAAGUUAAAAAAUCGGGUUGGUGUGUUUCCUUCCAACUUUGUAGCUGAAAUAACUGAAAAAAAUACUAGAGAAGCUUCCCAGCGAAAACAUAAAACAAGUCAAGACGAAACAUUCAAAUCUUCCACUGUUCUCACGCAAGAACAUACAAGUUCGACAAAUACGCACAGUUUGUCUACUUCAAAAAUAGCAAGCACUAGUGUUCAGUUGACACCUGAACUACCAGUUCUUCCACCGAAACCAGUAAAAGAACUUUGCAAAGCAAUAUUCAAUUACGAGGCUCAGAAUUCAGAUGAGCUGACGCUCCAAGAGGGUGAUGUAAUCACCUUAAUAACAAAAGAAGGUCAAGAUCCUGGAUGGUGGAAAGGUGAACUGAAAGGCAAAAUUGGUUUUUUUCCAGAUAAUUUUGUCCACAUCAUUACACCUUCUGAAGAUGUUGCCAAACCAGACCGACCUUCCAAAGUUGUCUCAACUUCAGGAAAAGCAAUAAGCAAAUCGGCAACAGCUUCUUCUAUGAGUUCUAUAACUUCAAUAAGCAGAAAAUUUAGUGAUACUGCAAAGUCAGAUAUAAUGAAACUAGAUGAAAAGCUCAACCACCCUUCAGUUAGUAAAAAGCCCGUUUUGCCUCCUCCACCGGUAAAGAAACCACAUCGAAGUUCCAGUGAUCUCGCCAAAUCUCCCACCGCUCCUAAUUUGUUGUCAUCUAAAGUAAUGGACAUCAGUCCAACUUCACAAGGAGCUGCGAGCAGAACUGGAUCUAUGUCGUUGAUCACAAAACAGACAAAUUCAGAGACAGCUACGAACAGUAGCAAUAUGAGUAAAUGGUCAAGCAUGACUGAGACGACAAAUGACAAUACUGAUGGAGCACUCUGGAGCAAGCAGGGUUCAUAUACAAUCAAAACUGAAAAUAAUGUUGUUAGCGUAAACAGUGGAAGCAAUGAGCCUGAUCUGGAUAUGGUUAGUAGAGCAGCCAUGCUAACUCAUCCAACAGCAUCACGGGUGAAAGCACCAAAACGCCGUCCACCUUCUGCUAUUAUAAAAGAUGAAAUGAAAAAUGGAGAGGAAGAAGAAGAGUUAGCUGUAUUAUCAACUACAAACUCAACAACUGUUACAUCCACAACAAUAUCACAUACUUCCACUGUGAUAUCUUCGUUGUCAUCUUCAUCAUCAACAAACAUGAGAACCAGCACAAUGUUAGUGAACGGUGAUUCCGACUCACACGCUGAGAAACCCAUUAAAGCACCUUGGGUUAAAGAACUGGAGUUCAAUCAGGCUAAAAAGUCUUUGCAAUCUGGGAAGACCAGGGUUAUGAUUGGUGGUGACAGUGCAGUAGCGACUUCUUCAACUACCGUGGCGCCUGCAGUAAAUAGUAGUCCGACAGCAGUGAGUCCAGAAAGCAAACCGUUAGGAGUAACGUUAAGGUCGAACCAAGGAACAGGUAGCAACGUACCAAGGCCACAGUCAUUAAUCGGAUCCUUGCGAUCGACUCUUAGUGGAAACUCAAAUUCUGGGGAUUCAAAUGCUACAGUAUCUAUCAAGCAGUUCAACGAACUUCAGGAAAAGAUUACGAAAAUGGAGCUACAUUUUGAGUCGCACAUAAACACACUUACAAGGACUGUUAAAGAACUCACUAGUAAAUUGGAAGAAGAGCGAGUGAGGAGGGUUGUUAUGCAGCACGAGCUUGAAAAGCUCACUGGCCUUGUCACUCAAGUCUAGUAAGUUUUAUGAUUAGAAAUUUUGAAAAGAAGACCAAUAAUUUGUAUAUAACAGUGUUACAAAAACACUAAUGAAAUUUUAAUAUAAGACAAAUGUUAGAGAAAGAGAAAAAAAAGAUAUACAUUUUUUUUAGUCUUUCAUUUGGGAUAAUGUAUAUAAUUUGUACUUAAUUUUUUUUUAAACCAAUAUAGUCGGACAUAAUUAAUUUGUUUAAAAUAUAAGUUUUAUGUAACAGUGGGAAAUCUAUUUUGUGAUUGCAAAAGAAAAUGAUGCUUUUAAUUUUAUUUUAAUAUAGCAUUAAUUACAAUAUUAUUCCGUACAGAUAGUACUACCAGACUGCUUUCUAUAUUAAUAUUCUAAACGCCCGCCUUUUAUUAUUGAUAAUUUUAACCUGUAAUAGAUUAUUAGAUGUGAAUACAAAAUUAUUAAAUGUGCUGAAAUUUAUUAUUUCUUAUUUGAUUAUAAUAGCUUUUUGAGUCUUCCAAUAUACAAAAUUUGCUCAAAUUGAUUUCAGCAUGAAAUAUUUACGUUUCUUUUUACAUUCUUUUUUUUUGCUAGUCUGUUUAAUUUAAAACAAACAAAAAAAGGCUUAUAAAGUGUGAAGUCGAAGUUUUGACUUUUCAAACAAAUUGUUGCAAAUAUUAAUUUUUUUACUACAAACCGGUCUCAGCAGAGGAUUGAACGCCAUAAGGAUCUUAAUUAAACAAUCAGACCAUUCAUGAUUGCAGUAACAGGCAGGAUUUAUUGUCCCAGGAUUAUGGUCGAAGUGCGCCAAGAGCAUUUGCAGCACAAGAUAUCCAACCCCUACUCUUUCCAAUCUAUCUGCAGCGACAGAUAACUCCAAAACAUUCCCGAUUGUGACAGUAGGACUGUCAACAAUCACUACGUAAACCACUUCUCCUGUUGGCAUACCUAUAUAGCUGUCCCAUGAUCCUAUAGCAAUAUCAAAGAUAAAUGAUCCCGUCUGCACCAAUCCGUGCAAGCCCUCGCCAAUAGCAACCACCAUGGCUACCUCUCCCAAUCAGAAAAGCACUGCCUUCAAGAGAUCCUUCUGCUGCUAUAGAUGCAUCAACCAUCACGGCAGAUUAUGUAUUAUGUGCGAUGACCUUUAUGUGCCACAUGUAAUUUUUAAGCAUAAUUUAUUUGUUAUUCUAGUAAUUUGCUUAAAUUCAUUAUUGCCUUGAUUUUUUUUAUAGUUUUUAUAAGACUAGUAGUGUUUUUAAUAGAAUUUUUUGAAACUUAAUAUAUUUUUAUAUAUAAUUAAUAGAAAUAAAAUAGACGUUUAUGAGCCCGAAUCCAAUUCCACGUGUUGUAAUUGUGGUUGUAAUCGCCUGUAGCGUCCGGUCUUGUUCAAGUUUUGCAAGCGCGUCCUCAACGGACUUUUCUCCUACGUAUAGAUCUUUAACUAUACUUGCUUGCAUGUCUCGCAUAUAUUGACGGCCUUUGUCAAUGCGAAACGUUUCCUUCCUGUCAGUGUUAUACUUUGCGCGGCUAUGACUGCCACGACCUCUAGGACCUGUUCUAGCUGCUCGCUGAGGUACAGCAACCUCAACUUCAGCGGUAGGAUUAUGUCUAAAAGCGUUGGUGUUAUGCAUUUUAGACGAGUUUGGGGCUGAUAUCAGUAACCACCUAAAAUCGCUAAAAUAUAUUUUUAUAAGCAUACAAUAUUAUGUAUACAGUACCAUUUCAUAUUUGGGGGUAAUAAUUAACAUUAAAAAACCAUUUAUAUGAAGUAUAUCCAUGACAUGGUGCUGAAAAUAUAAAAAAAUUUAUAUCCCAUCCAGUUUUAUAAAAUUAGCGACAACUAAGAACUAAAACCAAUCCGCGUUGUCCAUUUAUUGUCUUUUUCAAACGGGUCUUGAUUUGUUUCGUUUGUUUUACAGUUUUAUUAAAUGACAAAUACUGUCAAAUUUGAAACUGUAGAUUCUCAGGGAAGAUCAGGAAUCAAUUUUAACGUAACGAUAGUGUUCAUGUGAGUGGAUUUUUCAGUUUGAAAUAGAUUAUUGCACAGUAUAUACAUAUCUUGCUGGUGUCACAAGCUAAAAAAAAAAAUUGUAGUAUUGUUACAUUUGGGUCAUAGUGGAACCAGUUUCAACAACUUAGUUAGUCGUUUUGCAUUUUUAAAACACUGCUUUUAUAUGAAUGGUUUAUUUUUUUAAAUUUUAUUUUAGUUUCUUUUUCUCUUAACUCACGUUGUAUUUUUCUAAUUAUAUUACUAGACUACUUAAAUAAUAUUAAUAAUCGUAAGAUUGGAAAACAUACAACGUCUAUUAUUUACGCUUGCAUCUUCAAUAUUUUAACAUUUGCCUGCAUCUUUAAAAGACAUAUUUAUAAUUAUAUUUUUUAACAAUGCUUAAAUAGUAUAACAAAACCAUUAAGCAGCAAAUUAAUCAAAUUCAUGAAAAUCAAAGUUUUGUUUAAAUUUUUAUUCUUUUAUAGUGCUAUGUACAUUAAAGCAAUAU